AUGGGCUCCAUCCCCGAAGAAUGGUAUCGGUCGGCUGGUUUCACGGAUGCUCAGCAGCGAGCAAUCGCUGAAGCCCGGCAGCGCGUCCAUGCGGCUGAUGGCCCGACCACGAAAGGCAUCAUCGACAGGAUUGCGGUUGCAAUCACACAGACUUUCACUAACAGCGAUGCAAUGGUUGAACAAUGGCCCUUUCAUAUCCGAGAGCUGAUGAACCGGUUCUCGCGAUUUGCUGCCCCGCCCGCCAAAAUAUCAUUGCUGGCGUUUUUGGGCGUCAACUGGAACUCGUAUGGUGCAGCCGAUGCCCUGGAGUCUAUGGGAUUGAAUCUAUCCUGGGCUCUCAAGGACGACAUCGAUGCCAUUCGGUACUACGCCAAGUCAGGACGGUCGUUAAAGCACUCGGCUGAAGUCCUAGACGACCAACCCCACUGGACGGUGGCAGGCGUACAAGACACGCUGUCAUUCUCUCACAAGCCUGAAGCCAUUGAUCAUUAUGCUCGCAUAUUGGUCUUGGAAGAUGCCAUUUAUCGAGGCGACCUAAGUCCAGCUCAGAAAGAAGAUCUACAAACUGCAUUGGAUCAGGUCUCUAUCAGUUGGAUUGGUCAAGAUGCCGAGCGCCCUGCAGUCGACCCUCGCCAGGCCUUACUCGAAAGGGUCUCGCACAAAUGGAGGACCUAUACCGAAUAUCUGCUGCCAAUAUCUGCAGAAUGGUUGACGGGCCAAAGCACAGGUCCCAUGUCAACGGUCAUACUGUUCCUUCACGGAAAGCUAGAAAGCCCUUUGUAUAAAAGGGUGUACAAGGUCAAGAUGCAGAUUGAAGAAGGUUUCUCUGUCGAUCCCAUGAUGGCGACUUGUUACCCAGCUGAGGUGGAAACCAAGGCCACAAUCGAGCAAGCGAACAAGGAGGCUCGGAGAUGCAUCCGUGAUGAGUUAGGACCGAAGAAGGCAUCCCUCAAAUGGGACGAAGUAUAUGACGAAAGCGGCAUGAUCCGCAUUCGAGCCAUCUACCGAGAUGAGGCUAAUGAUGCAAGGGCUGUUGCAUGGGUUGAGGAAGCGGACAUCCUGACUGCAGACAUGUAA